AAUAUUGUCAAUGUCAAAAUGACUGGGACUGGGAUAGACUUGGAUAUUUUUACAAAAAUAUUUUAUUAAUUGAAAAUAUUAACGCUUCAAUAGGUACUUAUCAUAAUAUGCGGGUAAAAUAAGUGAUGAUAGCAGUCAAUAAACAAACAUUACAAUGAUGGAAGCAGAUUCCACCACAUACGACUGCAAUGCCAAAACAGAAGUGACUGAGCCAACGUUGCCAUUUAAUACAAGUCCUGAUAACCUGCAGUUAUACAAGGAGUUAACAACCAGCCAUGGUGACCUGAGACUAGAGUGCCAGCUUGUGGAGAGGCUGCAAGCAUUUGGCCUGCUCCCCAAAGCCAUCAAGUGCCCCUCGGACAAACCUGGUUGUAAAGUUGUCUGUAGGACAGCUAGAGUUAUAGACAGGGUGCAGUGGAUUUGCGAGGGUUGCAGCAAGAGGCUUCCGAUAAGAGCUGGCUCCUUCUUCUUCCGUCUCCAGUGCUCCAUACUACAAACUGUGCAGAUGAUAUUCGCAUGGAGUGAAGAUGCCGAUGUGGAGGUUGCAGCAGCACAUUUUGGUGUAAAACCAAGAGUAGCAACUCUGAUCUACGACAGACUCGAUGAGCUUGCAAUAAAGGAACAAAGUAAGAAGAAGCUGGGUGGAGAGAACAGUGUGGUCCUUGCAGAGAUGUACCCUGACUGCGUGAACCGGUUGUCACCGGAUACAACCGACCAGCCACAUGUCCAUAGGAUAUUGAUGCUUGCUGAUACUAAUCAUAUACCAACUUCAUACUGGCUACACGUAAUGAAAAAUGAUAACAAAAAGACUGCAAAUGGUAACCCUGACACCCAGGCACUAACAUUAGAAGUGGAAGAAGUAAUCAGGAAGGUGGUGAUAUCAAACUCCUUGGUGGUGACGGGAACCAACGUGCCUCCUAUCGAAGGCGCCUCCUCCAUCCAGCAGCUGUUGACGCACUGCGAUGCUGAUAUGCAACACUUUUUGAGUUCCCGCAUCUGGCGUCAAGCGAUAACGCUGAGCCUCGCGUCACGCUCGGUGUGCUGCGACGGGCUGGCCGCCGCGUCCUGCGGCGCCGCCGCGCAGCGCUACCUCACCGCCGCAUUGGAUCGCGUCACGCAGCAUCGGGACUUCUACAGUCACGUGUUACAGGCUAUCGCGGAAGAGUACACUGAUAAGUGUGACUGAUAUCCGUGUAGUAUGAAUGUCGUAUGCACGCGCUGUUUGUGAGAUGCAAACUCGAACAAUACGCAGGAAAAAUAAAAAACGCACAAAUGCGUCUGUUGAAUGAACCGCAUCACGACGAAAUUAAGCCUAAGUAUAUGAGGCAAUAUAAACAUAAUAUGUAUUUAUCAUUAUGUUUUUCACUGUCUUAUGUUAUAUGUGUGUUUGUUUAUGUUGAUAUUUUGUGUUAUUCAAAUUACGUUUUUAUGGAUCAUAUUGUAAAGGAGUUAGGUUAUUAUUGCUGUGUUUCUGUUUCGUGAUAAAAUAUGUGACAUGAAUCCAGGAUGUGAUUCCAAUAGGAGCAUCUCCUAUUCCAGGUGAUUGAUUAAAGUGACGAAUUAUGAGAGUAUUCUAUAUUGUCUUUAAGUACACCUCAUAUACGUUCAUCUUCAAAACCGUGCAUCUUCAUAGAUUCUAUUAUACUCGUGUUAAGAUAUUACGAUAGGGUUAAGUUAGAAAUAAGUUAUCGAAAUAAAUGCCUUAUUGAUUUAAUGUCUUCCUAAGUAAGUGCCUUAUUGUAAUUACAUUACUUAUGUGAAGCGAGCGAGUGAAGUUAUUAUAAUGUUACUGUUGAAUUUGACACAAAAUACAGAAAAUUUAUAUGAUAAGUCGUUUAUAUAUCUCAUUUUUUAAAUAAAAAUUUGGCCAUAUCGUCAUCGUUAUGGGAAAAUGAAAAUACGUGUCAGGUUUUGUAGCGUAAAAAUAUAGUUUAGUCAUAGUUACAUAGUA